CUGCGAGCGCGUCGAGUCCGAGCCAUCAUCGCACGCGGUCACCGUCAACCGGCUCGACUUGCUGCGUCGCAGCAUCAUCGAACCUAAUACGCAGACAGCAUUCUUUCACCCAGGCUGUCUAUAUAAGCCCCACCGACAGUGUAGAAACGCGUCCGCCUCCUUGCCUACCUCGUUCUUCAUAUCAUGCAGCGUGGCCGCAGCUCCCUUGACUUCGACGAUGCCUUCGUCAAUGUGAUGUUCGAGGAGGGCGUUCGUGCCUCUCAGAGCUCGGACAGCAACAGCACCGAUCCCUUCUACGAUGUCUGGAUAGACCAGGCAUCUGCCCCCUUCGCUGAGCAGGUCGCUUACGCGACGCGAACCCUCCGUAAACUGUAUCCGACCCAUACGGUGGUGCCUUACACGGAGGGUGCGGUGAAUAUCAUGGGCUUCCCUGGUACUUUGGUGCAACCCAUGCAGCCCUCGGAGCUGGUCACAAGCGUGUUGUUCCAGCCUCUGUCCAGGCGCUCGGGACAGAGGUCGGGGGUCCUGUAUGAUUCCGUUUACUUCGGCGCGUUCCGCGUCGCGUACGACAAAUACGACUUCCUCUUGUAUACUAUCCGGUAUCCCGUCUCGUUCGGCUCAACGGUCCAGAACUUCUUGUUACACGCAGGUCCCGAGGAACACUCCAGAGCACUGAUCAUGGCGGCUGGAAUAUGGCAUAACCAGCUCCAUCAGGAGAUCUACGUGUUCAAUCAGGGAUACUGGCGCAAGGAUCACAACCUUUGGAUCGAGGUUCAGAAAGCGAACUGGGACGAUGUCAUCCUGAAGCAAGAGUUCAAGGACAGACUGCAGAAGGACGUCAAUGGCUUCUUCGAGUCCGAGACACUGUACAAGAACCUUGCGAUUCCUUGGAAGCGAGGCCUCAUCAUGUACGGACCUCCUGGCAACGGCAAGACGAUCAGCAUGAAAGCUAUCAUGAAAGAGUGCGACGCGAAGGGCUACGCGCCCCUUUACGUGAAGUCUUUCAAGAGCUUCAUGGGCGAAGAGGGUUCCAUGGCACUUGUGUUCGAUAAAGCGCGCGAAAUGGCACCUUGCGUGCUCAUUCUCGAGGACCUGGACUCCCUCAUCAAUGACAGCAACCGGUCCUUCUUCUUGAACCAGCUCGAUGGGCUUGAGGGCAACGACGGUCUACUCCUCAUCGGCUCGACAAACCACUUCGAUAAGCUGGAUCCAGCGUUGAGCGGUAGGCCGAGCAGGUUCGAUCGUAAAUGGGAGUUCGAAGAUCCUGACGAGGAGGAGCGCGCGCUGUACACGAAGUACUGGCAGGACAAGUUGAAGAGCAACAAGGAUAUCGAUUUCCCUGACAGCCUCGUCCAUGAGAUCGCUGCGACCACGAACAAGUUUAGUUUCGCUUACCUCAAGGAGGCCUUCGUGUCCACCCUCGUCAUCAUGGCCGGCUUCGAAGAGGGCGACAAGCCCGACUUCGCCUCCGUGCUCAAGGGCCAAGUCAAGACCCUGCGCGACCAGCUUGACAAGGACAGCAAGACCUUCUCGCCCGUGUCCACCUCUUCCAUGACCUCCGGCGUCUCUGCGGUGCGUAUCGGACAGCCGAGCAGAGGGCUGGAUGCUUUCCGCUCGCGCCUGCCUGGUGCGGGUGGGCGGAUUUGGGACACGAGCGACAGCAGCACGAGGAUGGCCAUGCCCGGGGGCAUGCCGCCGCAGCAUAACCAGGGGUCUGGUGUGAAUGCGGGCGAUGUUAGGCCUGUGGCGAUGGGUGGUCGUUCGUUCAUCUUCUGAGGUUUGGAGAAUGGUUUGGAUGUACUUGAAUCUUGCGGACUAUCUGAUUGUACUGGUGUAAAAUGCUACAAAGGACGAUUCAACGAUCUGGCACUUCUGCUGUGCCUCUGAU